GGGCGCGCCUCCCACCACCCCGGGGCGCGGCCUCGACGGCGGCACGGCCGCUCCGCACCCGCACCCUCACCCUCGUCCUUCCCCGCAGCAUGGAGCGCCGUGUGGCCCGGGAGUUCCGCCACAAGGUUAAUCUGCUAAUUGACAAUGAAGCGGAGAAGGAUUACCUUUAUGAUGUGCUGCGGAUGUACCACCAAUCUAUGAAUCUUCCAGUGCUUGUGGGGGAUCUAAAACUCGUGAUUAACGAACCAAGCAGGUUGCCUCUAUUUGAUGCUAUCCGCCCACUUAUUCCAUUAAAACACCAGGUGGAGUAUGAUCAGCUCACACCCAAAAGAUCAAGAAAGCUGAAAGAAGUGAGAUUGGAUCGCUUGCAUCCUGAAGGACUUGGGCUAAGUGUGAGAGGUGGAGUGGAAUUUAGCUGCGGCCUCUUUAUCUCCCAGUUAGUUAAAGGAGGACAAGCAGACAGUGUUGGACUUCAGGUUGGAGAUGAGAUAGUUCGUAUAAAUGGAUAUUCCAUCUCGUCAUGCACACAUGAGGAAGUCAUAAACCUCAUUCGCACAAAGAAAAUAGUGUCCAUAAAAGUAAGACAUAUUGGAAUGAUACCUGUCAAAAGUUCAGCAGAUGAACCCCUUAAGUGGCAAUAUGUGGACCAGUUUGUGUCGGAAUCUGGGGAAGGAAAGGGCAGUGUUGCUGGUCUUGCUUCUUCUGGAGGGAGAGACAAUAAAGAGAAGAAAGUCUUCAUUAGCUUGAUUGGUACAAAAGGCAUGGGAUGCAGUAUUUCCAGUGGUCCAACACAAAAACCAGGCAUUUUUAUCAGCAACGUUAAGCCAGGUUCUCUUUCAGCAGAGGUGGGCUUAGAGGUUGGUGAUCAGAUUGUCGAGGUAAAUGGAGUGGACUUUUCUAAUGUGGAUCAUAAAGAGGCUGUCAGAGUGCUCAAAAGCAGCCGUACUUUGACUAUCUCUGUGGUAGCAGGCGCCGGAAAAGAGCUGUUUAUGACUGAAGACGAGAGGCAGAGGGAAGCACAUCUUCAUGAGCAGGAACGCCAGGAGUUAAUGCAUCAGAAGCGGCUUGCGCUGGAAACUAACAAAAUCAUCAAAGAGCAGCAAGAGAAAGAGAGAUUAAGAAAAAUUGAGAUUUCCCAGAAGGCUGCAGAGGAAGAAGAGAGAUAUCGCAGAGAAAUAGAGCAGAUAACAGCAGAGGAAGAAAAAUUUAAAAAGGAGUGGGAAGAAGACUGGGGGCCUAAAGAGCCUCCCAAAUCUCUAAAAACUGUAACUGCAGAAGUGCACUCUGCCCCUCAUUCUAAACACAAAAAAGAUUUAAAGGGAGUUGCACAUGACCAACUUGACACAGAUGACAUGGAUGAAGUGAUCAUGAAGCAGGACAAACAGGUAUCUGAAACAGAACGAGAAGACCUGGAAGAAUCAGAAAAGGUGCAGCAUUGGGUGGAAAGACUUUGUCAGACACGGUUAGAACAGAUUUCCUCUGUGGAGAAUGAGUCUCCUGAGUUGGCAAGUGGACGUCCUUCGGCAUCUCCCUCUGCCACAUCAAUGCGGCGGUUUGCCGGUGGCCUGCAGCUUCAUACUACAGAUCUUGAUGACAUAAAUUUAGAUGAAGUUGACAAACAAGUGGCACCACCUCCACCCCCGCCUGCUGUUACUCCAGUAUCACCAGGUCAUCCACUUCCCACAUCCAGUGUUCCACUUUCAAGAGGUCCGGCGCUGGCAGUACCACCAGCUUCCCAGGUUGUAAGAAACACCUCCCAUGUCGGAAAAGGAUCUUCUGUGUCAAGCAGUCCGCUGCAACUUGCUCCAAGUCCACCCACCCAACGACAUCCAGGGGUACCAAUAGUCUCUAAACCAGUCAUGCUGCAUCCUGACCCAAACUUUAUGGUCAGGCCAACAAUCAAAUCUGAAGCCCUGCCACAAGAGAUGUUUAAAAGGAUGGUGGUUUACAAUUCGUCAUUUAGAUCUAACAAAAAACAAGGCUUCCAGAAAUAUUUGGAAGACUUUGAUCCACAUUCAAUGUUUACCCCUGAGCAGAUUAUGGGAAAAGAUGUACGGCUAUUACGCAUUAAAAAGGAAGGAUCAUUAGACCUUGCAGUUGAGGGAGGAAUUGAUUCUCCCAUUGGAAAGAUAGUAGUCUCUGCCAUCUAUGAGGGUGGUGCUGCAGACAAGCAUGGAGGCAUAGUGAAAGGAGACGAAAUACUGGCUGUAAAUGGCAAGAUAUUAAUUGACAGCACGCUGGCAGAAGCACAAGCAACUCUAGCAGAGGCUUGGAACAUGGGUGGGGAUUGGAUUGACUUAGUCAUUGCAGUGUCACCUCCAAAGGAAUAUGAUGAUGAAAUGACAUUUUUUUAAAGUACGGAAGGUUACACUUAAGAAAUGAAGUCUUUCCCCUGCAGACACCUGCUGCUCUGAAAAUUAAUAGGAUAUCAACAGCCACAUAAAAUGCAUUUUUAUUUGAAAGAAAUGUGAACAGUCAGAUCUGGAAGUUGAACUAGAGACUUCAUGUUCUUUAGGUAAUUUGAGUAAUUUCAAAUCAUUUUGUAAACAUACACAAAGAAAUUGUUGUAAGCACACUGAGAAGGACAGACAGUAAGCAUAACUGUAUCUGUGAGAACUCAAAAUCAAUUUUUCUGUAUUUUGGGAAGACAAAUUUUGGAAAUUAUCUUCCAGUUUUCCCAAAAAUAAAUACCAAAAUGACAAAUGAAGAUGGAACACAGAUGUCUGUUCCCACAUGCAACAUUUGUGAUUACACGUUCACAGGCCAGUCUGGGUGUGAGAAAGCUUAUAUUUUUACUCUGUACAUAGUGAUUUUCCAUGGGGAAGUGGGGACGUAUAUGAGUAAUUUCUGUUCUCACUGAUAUCCUUGUAGCUCUCUUAAUGUCUGUUUCUGUUGCCCAAUUGUGAGUUGUUUUGAUUAUGAAAAUCCUGCCUGUAGAAGGGCUUCUAUACCAGUUAUACCAGGAGUGUGAGCAUUAUAUGGAGUAAUUUUGGUGAUGCUUCUAUGGUAUAAAGAGUCUUCUCUACCAGCAAAGUAAAUAGCUAGCAAGUAGUCCAGAUAACAUCAUUAUGUGUUGUCAGUUAUGGUACCAAGAAUUGUGUUGGUGGUAAAAAUUAAUCCCUGAUAUAGUCAAGGGUGGAAAAUUUCGGUCCGAUUCACAGUCUGUACUUAAGUACUUCGUUCUCAGUGGGUCUACACACAAAUAAAUUUGCAGUCAGUAAGAGUAACAUUUCACUGUUUGUUACUGUUUUCUGUUUAAGUAACUUCCUCCAGACCAUAACAUCCAUAUUAACCUGACUUUAAAUAAGUCUGAUUACAGUUGUAGAUGUAGUCUUUUCUUUAUAUUGUCAAGGUGUCUCCCUGGAAAUGUAACAGUUCUCCUUCCUUCCUCGGAUCUGCCAGUUUGUAUACCAUUUUUCAUAGUGUGUUUAGAUUUUUCUUAUCUGGACUAAUGAGAGCUAAAAUUUAAAGUUCUUUAGCAUAUCAAAUUCCUGCUGAAGUCUUGCCAUUUCAACAUUUGGAAGCCCUCCUUUCUGUAACACAGGAGAAUAACAAUUACAUUCCUGAGAAGUCUGUAUUUGUAUGGAGAUAAACAAUUAUGUUGACUUCCUUUGUUUUAUUCACGGUUUUGUUCCAGUAUGCCAAUGAUGUUGUCUGGCAGGAUACACAUGUUCAAGUUUUCAACAUUCUAACACUGUAACUCUCCCAACUAAUCUAGAAAUAAAAUCAUAU